AUGGUCGAAUUCAUUGAUGGUCUCAAAGAUCGAAUUGCUAGAAAGGUCGAGAGGCAUACUUACCAUGAUUUGGAGGAUGUGUUACAUCAUGCCGUGCAAGCUGAGCAACACAUUAAGAGGAAGAACACUUCUACAAACCGGAGCAAAACAACUUGGACACCACAACCUCAGCGAGCUCUUGACAAUGGCAAAGCUGUCGAAGUGGAUAACCAAUUCCACAAGUCCACUCCUGAAACUUCCAAAGCCAACAGACCCGAGGUAAGUAAAGCUUCCACACAACGAGCUAGAGAUAUAACUUGUUUCAAAUGCCAGGGCAAAGGACAUUAUGCGAGGGAGUUUCCAAACCAAAGAGUGAUGAUCCUCAAGUCUAAUGGUGAGUAUGAAUCACAAGACGAAGGAGAGGAAGCCGAAGACACUGAUGAGGACAUAGUCGACUACCUUGACCAAGGAGAGCUCUUAGUAGUGAGGCAAGCACGUAGUGCACUUUUUGAGCCAGAAACCAUCCAGAGAGAGAACGUAUUCCACUCUCGGUGCACUAUAAACACUAAGGUAUGUAGCUUGAUCAUUGAUGGGGGUUCUUGCACUAACGUGGCUAGCAAGUAUCUUGUAGAUAAGCUAGGCCUCACCAAGACUAAGCAUCCUCGACCCUACAAGCUCAAGUGGUUGAAUGAUGAAACCGAGCUCAAGAUUACUGAGAAAGUAACCGUGCCCUUUAGCAUUGGUAAGUAUACGGAUCAAGUGGUGUGUGAUGUGGUCCCUAUGCAAGCCGGGCACUUGCUCAUAGGGAGGCCAUGGCAAUUUUACAAAGAAACUCUACACAAUGGGCGCACAAAUUACUAUACCUUUACUCAUAACAACAAGAAGCAUAACCUAGCACCACUCACUCCGCAAGAAGUGCAUGACAUGCACAAGGCCAUGUCUCGAGGCUCAGAGAAGGAGAUACUAAAACUUCUUGAGGCAGGGAUAAUUUACCCAUUCUCUGACUCAAGAUGGGUGUCUCCUGUUCAUGUUGUGCCCAAGAAGGGUGGGAUCACAGUGGUGAAAAACGAUAAGGAUGAACUCAUAGCUCAAAGAACCAUAACCGGCCAUCGCAUGUGCAUUGACUAUAGGAAAUUGAAUUCUGCUUCUAGAAAAGAUCAUUUCCCUUUACCAUUCAUUGAUCAAAUGCUUGAAAGGUUAGCUAAUCAUCCUUAUUUUUGUUUUCUCGAUGGGUACUCGGGGUUCUUCCAAAUUCCCAUAGAUCCCCGGGAUCAAGAGAAAACAACAUUCACAUGCCCUUAUGGCACAUUUGCUUAUAGGAGAAUGCCUUUCGGUUUAUGUAAUGCACCGGCCACUUUUCAAAGAUGUAUGAUGCACAUUUUCUCUGACAUUAUUGAAGAGAAAGUUGAGGUGUUCAUGGAUGACUUUAGUGUCUAUGGCUCCUCCUUCUCGGAUUGUCUCUCUAAUUUGUCACAGGUCUUGGAGAGAUGUGAGCAGCACAACUUGGUGUUGAACUGGGAGAAGUGCCACUUCAUGGUGCAGGAAGGAAUAGUUCUUGGGCACAAGAUAUCUGAGAAGGGUAUUGAGGUGGAUAGAGCAAAGGUAGAAGUAAUGGUGAACCUGCAAACCCCCACUUCAGUCAAAGGGAUAAGGAGUUUCCUUGGGCAUGCAGGGUUUUACAGAAGAUUCAUCAAAGACUUCUCA